AUGAAAAUUGUACAUUUUCAAAUAAAUGGAGAAACUUACUUAGAAGCAAUAAUGUCCUUUCUACAAAAAAACCAACGAGUUAACACACAAUCGGUUUUUACCAAUGCUCUUGGUUCACUUUAUAAAAAUGAAAAGAGAAAUUAUUUCAUAGUAUGUCCGACUCAGGAACACACAUCAAAAGGGUGUGAACAGAAAGAGGAAACAGCAUGUAUAAAUUAUAAAAAAGAUAUAAAAGACACCACUUUACAGAAUAUCAAAUUAAGUGUAUGUGAAAAGGCAAAAAAACAAGUAUCAAUACAUAACAAUACUAAUAUGUGUAAGGAAGUAAAGGAAAAAUGGAUUAAGGAAAGUUUGAAAAAAUAUAAUUUAUUUAACGUUUAUCUUGAUAAAAUAAAAAAAUCAACAAGAGAGAAAAAAAAAAAUAAAAUAAUUAAUAUAAAUAGUGUUAUACAUUACGAUGAAUAUGUUCAUAUGUUCGAUAUAAAUUCGUUACUAAUACAUGCAAAGGACAAAUUGAGGGCAUAUAAAAAGAAAAGGCAAAUAUCCAUGAAUAAUAACUUUUUCAUCCAUUUUUUGAAAAUAUUUAUUCGGCUUAACAUCAUUUUAAAUGAUUUCUUUUCUUGUCAUGGUGAAAUAAAAUUUAGGGAAUGUUACACAAGCAUUUUUAACAAAUACUUGAAAAAUAUUCCGCUUUCCCAUAAGAAAACACAACAAAAAAUAUAUGACCAAACUUUUUUUAUAAAUGUUUUACAAUUAGUAAAGAUAUUUAAUCAAAUCCAUUUUUUUAAGACAUUAAAAAGUAUAAAUAUUUCGUAUGUAUUGAACAAUUUAACCUUAACUGUUGCGAAUGAAAGAGGGUCUAUUUAUAAACAGGAAGAAUCAAACUUUUCUAAAAGUAUAGACUAUCAUAAAUUAUUUUAUGAAUAUAUGACCAACGAUUGUGAUGAAAAUGUAGACAAAGAAAAAUUUAAUACCCCAGGAAAAUCGAAUUUUAUGGACAAUUUAAACAUAUUCGGUAACAAAUUAGAGGACUUAAAUGAUAUAGAUGAUGCAAAAAGUUUUUUUUUCUAUAAAAAGGAGAAAAUAAAAAAAAAUUCCCUACAUUCAGGGGGAGAAGAAAAUGUGUAUUUGCUUCGGCACGAUAUAAAUAAGAAAUCGGACAAUUUGCACAAAGAACAUUUGAAUAAUUCACAAGAAGGAAGAAAUGAACUGCAUAAUACACAAGUAUGUGAAAAUGAACUGAGGGUUUCCAAUGACAAAAAAGUACAUGACCAUUUGAAUAAAAAUAAUGAUUUGUUAUACUACUUGAGCCUGACUAGAGGAUUUAGCUAUAUAUUAAAGAGUUUAAUAAAACAUCUAGAUGACGAUGGAGUGGUAAGAUUAUUUAUUCAUUGCUCCAACCUGUUCGACAGGAUGUGUACUGAUAAGGAGGUAUUAUCAUUGUACACAAAAAUGUAUGAGCGCAUUAAAAAAAUGAAAAAUAUUUCAAAUAAAAAUCUUGCAUAUAUUUUGAGUGCAUGCAACAACUACUUUUUAAAAGAAGAAAAUAUAGACCUAUUAAAACAUUUAAAAAAAGACAUACUGUGUAAUAGGACGAACUUAAAGAAUAACGCCAAAAAAUAUUUGAAUAUAUGUAAUAUAACUCCAUCCCAUUUAGAAAAUAUUAUUUAUACAUUUUCAAAGAAUAAGUUGAAAGAAAAAGAGCUUUUCAUAUUGUUUAGCGAAAUUGUAAAAGAAAAAUGUCAUGGGUUCUCAUGUAUAACUACUAUAAACAUAUUAAACAGCUAUACCAUUCUGAAUUAUGAAUCAUUAAUAUUUGAUUUUCUUUAUGCAAAAAUAAAGAGUUUUGAUUUAAUAUCUUUUAUGAUGUGUAAGGGGAGAAAUGUGAUUAAGCUCAUAAAUACAUUACUACUAAUUGAGCAUCGGAAUUUCGAAAGGUGCCACAACAACAGAUCAACUCAGAGUGCUGCUCCUGCAAUAGAUAAAACAGGGGGAAAUAAUAGCAAAAGGAAUGCAUUAACGGAUAUAGAAGUUUAUGUAACUCUCAUUUCUUCUCUAAUAUAUGAGUUAAAAACGUUUAAAGGGGAAAAUUCCUAUGGAAGCAGAAAUAGUGAUGACUGUGGUUAUCUCUCCAAGCUCAACAAUUGUGGUUACAUAGAUGAACAAUCCAUUCUGAGCAUUUAUAAAAAAAUGCUGAGACUGCAAAUAAUUUCCUUGCAAAGCAAACCCGACUGGACUUUAUUGAAGAACAUAUUUAGAAGGAAUUAUGACCAACUAAACAUAGAACAAUUCGACAGUUUUUUUGUUUUUUCAUUUAUUAACUUUAAUUUAAACAAAAUAAAUUUUCAUAAAUUAUUAUUUACAUUAUUAACAUAUAAUAAUUUAAUUCAUAGAGCAAAAUUUUCAAAUAAUUAUAAACAAACAAAAAAAAAAUUUAUCUAA